CUUCGACCACACUUCGAACCAAGCCAAGCAACAUGUAUCAACCUGCAAACUAAAUACGCCUGGCAUAACGGAUACUGUUGCCCCCAAAAAAUUGACCUGACAGCGGAAGGAAUGGUUUGGUCGCAAACCGCUAGCAAGGGAGCAGCACCCCGAUAGGAGCAACACCUAGGCCAUUUUAAUCAAACUUAAGCCAUGUCUGCUCCACUUUUGAUACCUCCUCUGAAGGACCUCUGCGUGAAGGUUGUCGCAGCGAACUUUGAGUCCUGCCCCACCUUCGGACCUCUACCUGAUAAAUAUGUCAAGCGAAUUAUCGAUAUCCUGCCGCUGGACUUGCCACUGGAGCUAGUCGGCACGCUCAUUGCGGAUGAAGACUACUGGAGGCGGAGAUCGCACGCUCGGUGGCGAAACUGCGAGGUUGCCGCGCACGGCUACUCCUGGAAGCAGCUCUUCUUCGAGCGCAACCUGCAGGAGUUCCUGGAGCAGUACGACCCCUCCGUGACCGACCUCUCCAGUCUGAAGCGGCUGCUGACGUACAGCCGCCGCUUCGUGCAGUCCGUGACCAUCCGGCAGCUGCCCAGCCACCUGGACCUGCAGCUGCUGUUCGACUGCAUGGUCAACACUCCCUCCUCCCUGGCCCUGUCGUACAACCUGAAGGAGGUGGGCAUGGACUACGACCGCUCGCUGUUCGGCAUGAAGCUCAGCGACUGCCGCAGCCUGGCCAAGGCGCUGGAGCACACGGAGACGCUCACGCACCUGGACCUGUCCAACAACUCGCUAGACGAUGACAAGGUCCGCAUGCUCGCCUCCGGCCUCGUUGAGAACCUGUCCAUUACGCACCUCAACCUCUCACACAACAAGAUCGCAGACCGGGGCGUACGAGCGCUCGCCAAGCUCCUAGACGGGCACUCCGUCAUAUCCCUGCUCGAACUCCAAGACAACCAAAUUCACACCGAAGGCGCCAAGUCCCUGGCUCGAGCCUUCAAAAACAACCGCUGCUUGCUUAGCGUGAACCUCCGGCUAAACCGCAUGGGGGAUGAGGGAUGCAAGGCGGUGGUGGAGAGCGUGCGGGCGGCACCCACCCUGGAGCGGUUAAACAUUAGCGCGAAUGCGGCGGGGCCCGGUACGGCGGCGGCGGUUGUGGCGAUGUUGCGGUUGAACAUGACGGUUACGGAGCUGGAUCUGUCGUGCAAUCAGUACGGCGAGGAAGCGUGUGGGGCGAUACGGCGAGCACUGGAGCAGAACAACUCUGUGCGGUUACUUGACAUGCGGCUGACGGGCAUCAGUGCGGAUGACGAACUAGCCAUCACGGAGAACCUGCGGGCGCGGCAGGAGCGGCUGGAUAAGGCGCGCGUGCUGGGCAAGUAGCGGCACAAGAUGGGGGGUUGGGGGUUGGGGGAUAGAGGAAGGGGCCUAGCCAACGGCAUUAAGGUUUCACCAUGUGGGUUGCAUCAUGGGCAUAGGAGGGGGCAGAGCUGGGGGAGCAGCAACUGCAGCAGCAGCACCAGCAGGAGCAGGAAUGGCUGGAAGUGAGGCUGAGAACUGGCCUGGGGGGAGGGGAGCAGCAAGUUGGGGAAUGGGGAGGAGGAGCAGGCGGACGAGAAAGAGGCGAGGGAGUGGGCUAGAGGGAGCGGAUGGGAGUUGUUGUUGGGGCGCAGGGCCGGGACGAGGGGGUUACAGGUAGGAGGAGGAGGAGAGGAGGAGGAUGUACGGAAAUAGACAGGGUGGUCGUGAGCUUGGGUAUGAGGGAGGCAGUUGAAAAGGAGGAGCUGGAGGAUUGGCUCACAUGCGAGGGAUGUGGUGCGGCUGGGGCCGUCGGGAGACCGUGCUGCGACUGAGGGGUGUCGUGAAUCGCAGUCUCCCGCAGUCGCCGUAUGUAGCACGCGGGAAAGGAUGAUGUACGGCACGGCUUCUUGGUUGCCUCAGCAACUGGUGCUGGUGCUAUUGUACCUGUAUAUACGAGCAGUUGACUUGAGCUCCCGAAGUUACUGAUUCCUUUUUUGGCACAAAGCUAGGCGCCUCACGACGGGAAAGAAAUAAUGGUCUACUCCGGGCCUAUUUU